GUAGGGGGCCGUGCGGGAAGCUGAGGGUGGGUGCAUGGUGGGGUCCGGGGUUCUGGGCCGGGAUGCCGCCCCACUGAGCCCCUUUCUGGUUCUCCACAGGUGAUGGAGGCCCGCCAGGUGUCCACGAGCCCUCGGGUUCGGCGGCUGCUGCUGCUCCUGCUGCUGCUGCUAGUGCCCUGGGGCGUCCGCACUGUCUCGGGAGUCGCCCUGCCCCCCGCCAGGGUCCUCAGCCUCCGCACCCCAGGACGGGCCUGGGUGGAUCCCACCACCCCCCGACUGCAGAGGAGCUUGGCGCUGGCGGACGAUGCGGCCUUCCGGGAGCGCGCGCGGUUGCUGGCCGCCCUCGAGCGCCGCCACUGGCUGAACUCGUACAUGCACAAGCUGCUGGUGCUGGACGCGCCCUGAGCGCGCCGCCCGUCCCCACCUUAAUAAAGACCCUGCCGUGCCCUCCGGACUUCG